AUGACGCGAUCGGAGGCUAGGCUACCGACAGUUGAUCGAAUUGUCACAAGUAUACCUCCUCCUCCGAGCAAAUUGAUGCCUUCUAGUACAGUGUUUGAUUCUAAAGGUCGGCCUCAAUUAGAUGUGAUAGGACCACACUUAGUUGCAGAGGGUCGACUUACAGAAGAAGCAAUAUUACGGAUUAUCAAUGAUGCAUCAGCUAUAUUAAAAUCAGAGAAAACUAUGCUGGAUUUAGAAGCUCCAAUCACAAUUUGUGGAGACGUACAUGGUCAGUUUUACGAUUUGAUGAAAUUGUUUGAAGUUGGUGGUCCACCUGAAACAACUCGAUAUCUUUUUCUUGGAGAUUAUGUUGAUCGAGGUUAUUUUAGCCUAGAGUGUUUAAUCUACCUGUUCAGUUUGAAGAUUCUAUAUCCUCGUAGUUUAUAUCUUCUACGCGGUAAUCAUGAAUGUCGUCAUUUAACUCAGUACUUUACCUUCAGACAAGAAUGCAUCAUGAAAAGCACAGAACGUGUAUAUGAAGCUUGUAUGGAAUCAUUUGAUUGUCUCCCGUUAGCUGCAUUGAUCAAUCAACAAUUUCUAUGUGUACAUGGUGGUCUAUCUCCAGAAUUACAUACAUUGAAUGAUAUUCGAAAGUUGGAUCGAUUCAAGGAACCACCUGCAUUUGGAGCAAUGUGUGAUUUAUUAUGGGCUGAUCCAUGUGAAGAUUUUGGUCAAGAGAGAAAUUCGGAACACUUUAGUCAUAAUACAGUUCGAGGCUGCUCAUAUUUCUACAGUUUUAAUGCAUGUUGUCAUUUUUUACAAGCUAAUAAUUUAUUGUCAAUUAUUCGUGCACAUGAGGCUCAAGAUGCCGGUUAUCGAAUGUACAGAAAAAGUAGACAGACUGGUUUUCCUGCAUUGAUCACAAUUUUCUCAGCACCGAAUUAUCUAGAUGUUUAUAAUAAUAAAGCUGCUAUUUUGAAGUAUGAGAAUAAUGUAAUGAAUAUUCGUCAGUUUAAUUGUUCACCUCAUCCUUAUUGGUUACCUAAUUUUAUGGAUGUAUUCACAUGGUCAUUACCAUUUGUUGGAGAAAAAGUAACGGAAAUGUUGGUCAAUGUGCUUAAUAUAUGUUCAGACGAUGAAUUAUUAUCAGAUGCACCAGAGGAUGAAUCGCAAAUUACUGCACGAAAAGAUGUUAUACGGAACAAGAUUCGAGCUAUUGGUAAAAUGGCACGUGUAUUUACUGUAUUAAGAGAGGAGAGUGAAACUAUCCUUGAACUGAAAGGACUCACUCCAACUGGUAUGCUUCCAUUGGGUGCAUUAGCAGGUGGUCGAGAAGCUAUUAAAGCUGUCUCUGGAACAUGGACACCGCAUAAGAUUCAGUGCUUCGAAGAAGCUAAAGCAUUUGAUAAAGUCAAUGAAAGAAUGCCACCACAUUUAGACAUGA